AUGUCUAAAGCAAUCUUCAUCUCCCCAAUCGACGGCAAGCCCGGCAAGCCCGGCCAAGUCUACUACCCGCUCUCCCUGCGCACCGUGCCCAAGCCAUCCCCGCAAGGGGGCGAGCUAUUGAUUAAGCUGACCGCCGCCUCACUCAACCACCGUGACCUUUUCCUUCGCCAACACCUCUAUCCAGGUGUAACAUUUGACGUGCCUCUGCUCGCAGAUGGAGUGGGUAUUGUCGUCGACGCGGGUCCCAACGUUCCCAGCCCAGAGACAUGGCAAGGCAAACGCGUUAUCCUGAAUCCAGGCGUUGGCUGGAAGGAUUCGCCCGAUGGGCCCGAGGAAGCGGCCGGGUACAGAAUCAUGGGUGGAACACGGGUUUAUGACAAGGGCACACUGCAGGAAUACCUUGCUAUCGAUUACUCCGAGGUUGAGGAGGCCCCUGGCCAUCUGUCUGAUGCCGAGGCAGCGGCUCUUCCUCUCACCGGGCUGACUGGCUGGAGGGCUCUGAUCACCAAGGCCGGUGAGCGAAACUCUGGGAACGGUGCUGCUUUGCUUAUUACGGGGAUCGGCGGUGGUGUCGCCUUGAUGGCGCUGCGGUUUGCGGUCGCUAGGGGGGCGCAUGUCUUUGUGACUAGCUCGAGCCAGGAGAAGAUUCAGAAAGCGAUUGAGUUGGGUGCGACCGGUGGUGUAAGCUAUAAGGAGGAAGGUUGGGAGAAGAAGCUAUUGGGCUUGCUUCCUGCCGGGAAGAAGAACUUUGAUGCCAUCAUUGACGGUGCGGGAGGUGAUUCUGUAGAGAAAUCCGUCAAAUUGCUCAAGGCUGGCGGUGUUCUUUCUGUCUAUGGAAUGACCGUUUCUCCCAAGAUGCCAUUCACGAUGGCUGCGGUCUUGAAGAACAUUGACGUCCGCGGCUCAACGAUGGGCUCCCGCAAAGAAUUUAAGAAGAUGAUUGAGUUUGUCAAUGAGAAGAAGAUCUACCCAGUUGUGUCACGGGUGCUCAAGACGGAGCUGGACGACUUGUCGGCCAUCGAUGGACUAUUCGAAGACAUGAAGCAGGGCACUCAAUUUGGUAAACUGGUGAUUGAAUUCGGCAAGCCGGGCAGCAAGCUGUGA